ACACAUCAUGAGUACAGGGUAAAUAUACACUGAUCUGUCUCACCUCCUGAAAAACAGCUAAAGCUUAAUGAGCUUGGUUAGUCUGAGCAUUGAAAGGCAGAAACUAGUUUUAAAAGUGUUCUCUUCAGUGACUUGCUUGAAGACAUGCAAUGAAAGAGGACCAGCGCUGAAAGUCGAGGGUGAGUGCCUCUUCGUCCGGUACCACUUACAUCCAUUCUGUGCAGGAAUUGAUGAAGAUUUGCAUUGGCUGAUACAGCGCACUGAAUAUUUUCUUGCCUCAAAACAAAGUCUGAGAUUUGGUUCGACCAAGCAGCCAGUCAUUCAGAUAUUUUAUUUUUCUUUUCAGACAGCCUUAGUUUGCAAAUCAAGAGGAAGUCUUGCAGACUAAGUUUCUGGUGAGGCUUCCACCUUUUGCUGACAAUUGCCAACCAGUCUGAGAUACCCAGAAUAGCUCUCCUCUUCUGCAGAAAUGAGGAAGUACCAAUACUUGCAGGGAUUAGUGAGAUUAACACACGCCCCCCCCCAAUAGUGCAGAAGAAUUGUUUGAGUUGGAUCAUCAUUCUACCUGUCUCGGCCACCUGAUCACUGUCCAACUCCGAGCAAUCUGCAGCAAUUUUGCUUGUUGAUAUGCUCCCGUGAACUUGCCUGUGUUCCCACUCUCUCUCCCCACACAACCUGAUUCAUUCUAGCUCACAUGCUGGUUUAGCAAAUCUUUUUAACAACCUAAUCCUGCAGCCCUUGAAAUCAAUAGCAAAGCACCUUCUGACUUGUACAAGGAACAGUGUAGUGUCAGUCUUCAUUCGGUUUGACAUAUUUUAAUUGUUAUUUUGAGAUGAACUGAGUAACCCAGGAUGACCUCAGAGGAGUUCAGUUCAUCCAGUUGCCUAGACUUCACACGGAUGGGGCUCUGCAAGCUGCCCUGUGCUGUGUUGCUUGCUCUCCCGGAUGGGUCAGUGGACCAGCCCUGUCAGCAACUCUGAUAUGACUUGUUACAAAACCGGGAAAUUCCCUGUGAAAACCAAAUCACGCAGAUAACAGCAACUUUUUCGGAGAGUCACCAGAAGUCAAGGCCAGGUCAUGGAGAGCUCCGUGUCACAGUUGAUUUCUGCAGCCAACCCAAAUCCUCGGAUCCAGGUCGCCAGCAGAGGAAGAGCUGGGCCGGCACUGGGCGUUCUGGCUGGCGUGGGGAGCUCCCCGGCUGAGCCGCCGCCGGGGAGCACCGGGACGCAGGCUGGGCGGUGGGGCACAGCCCCGUAGCCGGCCCCAUCCCGGUACAGCGCAGCGGUCUCACGGAGCAAGUAUCGGAGGAGAGCCGUCCAGCUCCCCGUCUUCGCCCGUCCCGGCGCUCUCCCGGCUUUCCGGCACACGGCAGGAGCCUCUCGGGAGGAGGCGCCCGGGGGAAACGAAACUCCGCCGGCCGCUCCGCUCCGCCCCGGGCCGGGCCCGGCCGGGCCAUGGCUGCCGCUGUCGACCUCGAGCGGCUCCUGGGCGCCGUGGACCUGAGCUGCGCUUGCUGCCUGCAGUACUUCACGGAGCCCGUGCGGCUCACGGGCUGCAGCCACAGCUUCUGCCGCGCCUGCAUCAUCGAGUACUGCAAGGGGAGGCAGCGCGCCGGCUGCCCGCUCUGCCGGGAAGGCUUCGAGCUGAAGGACCUGCGGCCCAACCGGGAGCUGGCCGCUUUGGUGAGCUUAAUCCUGCAGGAGGUAAAGGAAGAAGGGCUGGAAACACGGGAUGAACCGAAACCCUCCGGAGCUGUUGCCUGCAACGACCGGAGCUCGGCGGGGCGAGCUGGGAAGCAGGAGGAUGAGAUAUGGGACAUCUCCAAGCAACUAGAAAUGACUAUAGAGACCAUCCAUCUCCUGAGGAAAGAUCUCAGUAAAACAAAGGAAUAUACAUCUCAGAUCAAAAGCCAGAUUACUAAAGAUUUCUGUUGCAUGAAGGAAUAUGUUGAAAGACAGGAGAGAAACACACUGAUGUUUAUUGAACAAGAGCAAAAAGCAGCUCAACAGAAAAUUGAAGAGACUAUUCACCAGCUCUGUGUUGAAGUGGACAAACUCACAGACAUCCAAGCCCAAACAAGUGACUUACCUGAGAGACAUAGUUACAAAGGCUUACGUUCAACAAGGAAUCAAAUUACACUUGAUGAGAAGCUUAAUGUUGUCAAAAGUGCUGUAGAAGAUCUUAAGAGAAAGAUGGAAAUUUUAAUUUUGGAGAAAAAUUCUUGGAAGUUCCCACCAGUGCAACCUCCAGACUUGCAUGAGGAGACAAGUGUCUGCUCAUUAUCUCCAGAGUCUGCAGCUAAAAAUCCAGAACCAGUGAUUUCAAGCCAGUUUUCUCAGUGGGCAGAUGAUGUGACUUUUGAUCUCACAAGAGUAUAUAAGCGCUUAGCAAUCACAGCCCAGAACAGGAAAGUAAUGGUUUCCAGUUACGCGACUGAUUAUGAACCAUUGCCCAACAGAUUCUGCAUCAGCCAAGUGAUGUGUUCGCAGAGCUUCUCUACUGGGUGCCACUACUGGGAAGUAAUUACCAAGGACAGUGAUGGAUGGGCUGUUGGAGUUGCUCAUGGAACAAUUGGUAAAAGGGACAAAUUAGGAAGAACAGAGCAUUCCUGGUGUGUAGAGUGGCUAGGUCCCAAAAAGCAGCUGUCAGCAUGGCAUAAGGAUCAAGAAACAUUGUUACACAAGGAUAAACCAUUGAAGGUUGGAGUUUUUCUGGAGCUACAAAAGAAGACUGUGUCAUUUUACUCUAUCACUGACAAAGCAAUGCUUUUGCAUACUUUUGAAAUCAAUACCUCAAAUCCUCUUUACCCUGCUUUCUGGCUAUAUAGUCUAGAAAUAAAUGGAUCUUUAACUAUAAAUCAUACGAACAGGAGAUAAAGCCUGUUCAGAAAAGUGACAAUUUUGCCUAUGACUGCAGAACUUCUAUACAAGCUUCAGUGUUUAGCACAGGAAUUUACCAAGGAGUAUAUAGCUACCCAGGCUUUCAUGGAAACCUUUGUCUGCUCUGCUUUUCUUCAUGCUGUGCUCUGAUCUAGCCAUUCUUCAUUAAAGCAGUUGCAGUGUUUGCUAAAGGUGGUAACCAUCA